AUGGCGGUGAUGAUCGACUGGUGCCGGGGCAUGCGCAUGCGGGGUCUUCGCGUGCAGAACGCACAUCAGAUGCACGUAACGGUGUCUAGGUCCCGCGACAUGCGCGUGGCCAGGCUCCGCAUCGAGGCCCCCGAGGACAGCCCCAACACGGAUGGCAUCCAUGUGGCCGAGUCCACGGCGGUGACCAUCCAGAGGUGCCACAUCGGCACCAGCAACGGCUGCAUCUCCAUCAUCAACGGUAGCUUCGGCGUCAAGAUGUGGGACAUCGAUUGUGGCCCGGGCCACGACAUCAGCAUCGGCAGCCUGGGCAAGGGUGGCGCAUUUGCGGCGGUGGCGGACGUGGCACUGGACAGCGCGCGGAUCAGUCAUGCGUAG